CGAGGCCAGCCCGGGACCGGGGCUGGGCGCUGGAAGGCGGCGGCAGCAGAGGCAUCCGCGAACGCCCGCACUCCGACGCCCCGGGGAGGUGGGGCUGAGAGAGCCGGAGGAGGGCUCCCAGUGCUGACCUCGGCAUGUUCAGGAUGUUUCUGUUCCUGUUGCUGCUGUGGUUUCUGCCCCCCACUGAGGGGUCCCAGCGGGCUGAACCCAUGUUCACAGCAGUCACCAACUCAGUUCUGCCCCCUGACUAUGACAGCAACCCCACCCAGCUCAACUAUGGUGUGGCAGUUACUGAUGUGGACCAUGAUGGGGACUUUGAGAUCGUUGUGGCGGGGUACAAUGGCCCCAACCUGGUUCUGAAGUACGACCGGGCCCAGAAACGACUGGUGAACAUCGCCGUGGACAAGCGCAGUUCCCCCUACUAUGCACUGCGGGACAGGCAGGGCAAUGCCAUUGGGGUCACAGCCUGUGACAUCGACGGGGAUGGCCGUGAGGAGAUCUACUUCCUCAACACCAAUAAUGCCUUCUCAGGGGUGGCCACAUACACAGACAAGUUGUUCAAGUUCCGCAAUAGCAGGUGGGAAGACAUCCUGAGCGACGAGGUCAACGUGGCCCGGGGAGUAGCCAGCCUCUUUGCCGGGCGCUCUGUGGCCUGUGUGGACAGGACGGGCUCCGGACGCUACUCUAUCUACAUCGCCAAUUAUGCCUAUGGUAACGUGGGCCCCGAUGCCCUCAUUGAAAUGGACCCUGAGGCCAGUGACCUCUCCCGGGGCAUCCUGGCGCUCAGAGAUGUGGCUGCUGAGGCUGGGGUCAGCAAGUAUACAGGGGGCCGGGGUGUCAGCGUGGGCCCCAUCCUCAGCAGCAGCGCCUCCGAUAUCUUCUGUGACAACGAGAAUGGGCCCAACUUCCUCUUCCAUAACCGGGGUGAUGGCACCUUCGUGGACGCUGCAGCCAGCGCUGGUGUGGACGACCCCCACCAGCAUGGGCGAGGUGUGGCCCUGGCCGACUUCAACCGGGACGGCAAAGUGGACAUCGUCUAUGGCAACUGGAACGGCCCCCACCGCCUCUAUCUGCAGAUGAGCGCCCACGGGAAGGUCCGCUUUCGGGACAUUGCCUCACCCAAGUUCUCCAUGCCCUCCCCUGUCCGCACAGUCAUCGCCGCUGACUUUGACAAUGACCAGGAGCUAGAGAUCUUCUUCAACAACUUCGCCCACCGAAGCUCCUCAGCCAACCGCCUCUUCCGCGUCAUUCGCAGGGAACACGGCGACCCCCUCAUUGAGGAGCUCAAUCCUGGAGAUGCCUUGGAGCCUGAGGGCCGGGGCACAGGGGGUGUGGUGACAGACUUCGAUGGAGAUGGGAUGCUGGACCUCAUCUUGUCCCACGGAGAAUCCAUGGCUCAGCCGCUGUCCGUCUUCCGGGGAAAUCAGGGCUUCAGCAACAACUGGCUCCGAGUGGUGCCACGGACCCAGUUUGGGGCCUUCGCCAGGGGGGCUAAGGUUGUGCUCUACACCAAGAAGAGCGGGGCCCACCUGAGGAUCAUCGACGGAGGCUCAGGCUACCUGUGCGAGAUGGAACCCGUGGCACACUUUGGCCUGGGGAAGGAUGAAGCCAGCAGCGUGGAGGUGACAUGGCCAGAUGGCAAGAUGGCAAGCCGGAACGUGGCCAGCGGGGAGAUGAACUCGGUGCUAGAGAUCCCCUACCCCCGGGAUGAGGACAGACUUCAGGACCAAGCCCCACUGGAGUGUGGCCAAGGAUUCUCCCAGCACGAAAACGGUCAUUGCAUGGACACCAACGAAUGCAUCCAGUUCCCAUUUGUGUGCCCCCGAGACAAGCCCGUGUGUGUGAACACAUAUGGAAGCUACAGGUGUCGGACCAACAAGAGGUGCAGUAGGGGUUACGAGCCCAAUGAAGAUGGCACAGCCUGUGUGGCUCAAGUGGCCUUUUUAGGUGGGUAUCCUUCUGCAGCCUUUAGAAUCUCUGAGCCUCUCUCUUGGGCCUCAUAUCUUUCUCUAGGCCUCGGACUUUGCCUUCAGUUAUAUGCAUUAUAA